AAGUUUCCUUCCUAUGCUUUUGUUUUGCCGGCUUUAUUUUGUUGAUUUUGUUUUCAUGUUGAUUUUUGUUUAAUUAAAUAGGAUUUGUUACUAUUUUUGUUAGCACACAGUACUUUGGAUGACUCUUAUGAAGUGAUUUAGAAUUUAGCGACCGAGAAUUCGAUAUUUAGAUUAUAAAAAUAUAUUACCAAAAUGAGGUUUGGAAGAUCUGCCCUGAUUUGCGCGACGAUUAUUGUUGUAGUUUUUAAUUUUAUAUAUAAUAUGUUAACGAACCAGUCAAUCAUUUUACUUAGCACUAAACCAAGCAAUCAUGACGUGGACUACGUGUUAAAAUUGUAUGAGAGAAUAUAUUUGGAAAACAAAGAUGGAAAGUGGAAGGAAGGUUGGAACAUAAAGUAUCAGAAAAAUCAGUGGAGCCAAAAAAAUAAGUUAAAUGUGUUCAUUGUGCCUCAUUCUCAUAAUGAUCCAGAAACGAGAUGACCAGUUCCCUCUGGCAGCACCCGUUCACGAGUUGACGCAUGGGACAGCCAUCGCGUAGCUCAACCAUAAUAGAGGGAACCUCACGACCCGGCCCACGACGCCACCACCAGAUUGAGUUGGCUGCAGACUUUAGAACAUUACUACGAGUUACAUACAAAGGCUAUUUUCAAUAAUAUACUGAAGAGGCUCCCAGUAGGCUCUAACAGAAGAUUUAUUUGGGCCGAGACUAGUUACCUGGAUAUGUGGUGGCGGGACACUAACACAACUGGCUCCAAGAGGGCCAAAUUCAUAAAUCUAUUGCAUACCGGCAAACUGGAGAUCGUGAACGGCGGGUGGGUGAUGAAUGACGAGGCGAAUAGUCACUGGAUGUCUGUCGUCCAGCAGCUAACCACGGGUCACCAAUGGUUAUUGGACAAUGUAGAUUAUAUUCCGAAGAACUCGUGGUCUAUUGACCCAUUCGGGUACUCCAGCGUGCAGGCAUACCUCUACAAGUUGGCUGGGUUCGACAACGCGGUGAUCCAGAGGGUGCAUUACAGGAUCAAGAAGGAGCUGGCCUUGAAUAGGCAGCUGGAGUUUAGAUGGAGGCAGUUAUGGGAUGGUGUUGGCAAAACUGAUAUGUUUACUCAUAUGAUGCCAUCCUAUUGGUAUGAUAUACCUCACUCGUGCGGACCAGACCCCAAGAUCUGUUGCCAGUUUGACUUUAAGCGAUUACCCGGCUACGAUGUGUCGUGCCCAUGGGGCGUGGCGCCCAGGAAAAUAAAUAUGUGGAAUAUACAUGAAAGAGCGAGCGCGAUCCUGGACCAGUGGCGCAAGAAAGCGCAGCUGUACCGCAGCAACGUGCUGAUGUUCCCGCUGGGGGACGACUUCCGCUACGACCGCGCCAACGAGUGGGACGAUCAGUUCCAGAACUACCAGAAGCUCAUUGACUAUAUCAACGCAAAGACACAAUGGAACACAAAGAUCCAGUUUGGUACACUUGAAGACUACUUCAAAGCGGUUCACGCGGAGGUGAAAUUAUCGAAUUUCCCGGUGUUGACUGGAGAUUUCUUCACGUACGCCGAUCACAAACAGCACUACUGGAGCGGGUACUUCACCACACAUCCGUUCUAUAAGAACAUGGACAGAGUUUUACUGGCAUAUGUCAGGGCCGCGGAGUCGCUGACGGCGCUGGCGGUGACGUCGUCGUCGGUGCCCGCGGUGACGUCGCUGCAGCUGCGCGACGGCGUGGAGCAGGCGCGCCGCGCGCUGGCGCUGUUCCAGCAUCACGACGCCAUCACCGGCACCUCGCGCGCUUACGUUAUAAAAGACUAUGCCGUCAGACUUCUUAACGCCAUAAACACCAGCCAAUCAGUGCUGCAGCGCGCCGCGUACUUCCUCCUGCAACAGCCGGCCAUCUUGAAUCAAACGGGAAAAGACAUUUACUUCGAUGUGGACGACAUCUGGCGGCAACACGACAAGAUUCCCAACAGGAUCACGAUAAUUCUGAACCCUUCGUCGCCUUCUAGAAGAUUGGUGCUGUACAAUGCACUGGCGUUCAAGAGACAGGAAAUAUUCACUGUUAUGGUGUCUACCCCUCAUGUUCAAGUGAUGGACCCGAACGGCGUAGUGCUGGAGGCGCAGGUGUCGCCGGUGGUGUGGGGCACGGACCGCCUGUCGCUGGCGUUCAGCAAGUUCCAGCUGUCGUUCCUGGCUACGGCCACGCCGCUCUCGCUGACCACCUACACGGUGGCGUACAGGCAUACCCACUCCAUCAACAAUCACACAACAUAUGCUAGCGUGCGGGUAUAUAAUACUUACCACUGGGAGAUCUACUUGCCGAAGAUGUUCAACGUCACAAAGUUACAGUCCAGACUCACAACAGAUAUAACUCUGCAAGCCGGCAACGCGACAAGAGUCGUGCUCACGCCGAGUGGACUCAUCAAGGCGUUGGUCUCGAAAGAUGGAAUCGCUACGCCUGUAAAUAUGGAGUUUGUUAAAUACGACACGCCACUGAACGAUUUCGACAACAACAGCGGCGCGUAUCUGUUCAUUCCAUCGGGACCCGCCGAGGAGUUCCGGGCGCAGAUGUUCUCUGAGAUUCUGGUGGUGGAGGGGAAGUACAAGGGCACCAUGUACACCGUACUCUCUGAACCCGCGAAGGCAGACAUCAUGAUGGCGAUCUCUGUGUACGACAACCCGUCGCUGCCGCAGACGGAGGUGGAGAUCACGAACACGCUGAUGAUCAACCCGCAGGUCGAUGACCUCGAGCUGGCCAUGCGGCUCUCCACCGCCGUGCGGAACAACGACGUCUUCUACACCGACCUCAACGGAAUGGAAAUGAUCAGACGGCGGUACUUCGAGAAGCUUCCGAUACAAGCGAACUACUACCCGCUGCCGGCGGCCGCGUACAUUGAGGACGACAACGUUCGCGUCACUCUGCUCACGUCCACGCCUCUCGGAGUCGCCGCGCUGCAACCUGGCUCCAUUGAGGUGAUGCAGGACCGUCGUCUCAGCCGCGACGACAACCGUGGCUUGGGCCACGGCGUGCGGGACAACAUUCGAACGCGACACACCUUCCGGAUCAUCGUUGAGCCCGCGGACAAAGGCUGUGAGCCGCGGACGCCGGCGGAGCACCCGAGCGGGCAGCUGUCGCUGGGCGCGCACGUGUCGCAGCAACAGCUGCUGCAGCCGAUGAUCAGCAUGCAGUACUCCCCGCGCGACGACUCCUCGCCGCACUACUCCAGCGCGCUCAGCUCCGCCGCCGACAUCGUGCUGGCUUCCUACAGGGCGCACGUGUCCGCCAAGGAUAAGGAGGACAACUUUCAACAUGGCUUAGGCAUGACCUUCCAUAGGGUCUAUCUGGAUUCAUGCUACGGCAACAAGGAGAUUAGUAAGUGGUAUCCCGUGGGAGACGGACAGGUCCGCAUAAAAGAAAUAGUGGACGCUCGAGCGGAAGAUAUUCUAGAAAGUUCGUUGACUUAUGUCCGCACCCGGAACCCAAUCCCUGAUGGAAUAAUAACUAUAUGUCCCAUGGAGGUGCGCUCCGUGUUCGUCCGCCAAGAUUGAUCAGUUAAAAUCUAUAUACUUAUUUUUCUUUAUAGAAACGUCUACAUCAAAUCAAAAUUAUGUACUUAGUAUAUACAAAUAUUAGUUAUUUAGAAGUAAUAAUUAUUUUUAAUUGUAUAUUUAGUUUACUAUUCUAUAUGCGACUACUUUGCGCUGCGCCUUUGCCUCUUGAUGGCAGUAUUCGUAAGAUGUGUCAGAUGUGCCUGUAGGCAGCUUGAUUUGGCUCCAGUUUUAGCUCGAUAAUAAUUUGAGUAUUCAUGCUGAAAUAUACAUUAAGUCCGCCUUUUGUAAGUGCCAUGUUGUUAUUUUUGUAAAUAAAGUUUUAUAAAUUGA